AUGCUGCUGCUUUCGAUCGCCCCAGUGGUCCCGCCGGCUGCUCCCGCUGUCGGGGAGCCGGCGUUGCUUCCAUUUGGCGAGCCAGCGAUUCUGCCCGGCAUGCCAUUUUUUGUCGCCGUCGCUUGGCCAUUGGGCGGAGCUGGUGGUGCAAACGACCGAAUCGGUGGGACGGUCGGAAACUGGGAGUUUGGUUGUAAAAUUCUUCUUCUUCUUUCUGAUAUUUGGGCCGAAAUCAGCGUCGCCGGCAACGUCCUGGUGCUCGUCUACUCCGUCAGUAUGGACACGCUUCCGGAUAUCCCCAAGAUGAGCACAGGGCCUCCGAUUGAAGGCGGGUUCGCUCCCCUGCCACCCUUCCCUUCUCUGUUUGGUCGCACAUGCUCGCUAUUUUCUGCGAUUGCUGUCCAUGCGCUGGCGAUUGCGCUGUGUGUCCUAAUGUGGGUGACACUCACGCAGCAUCUGUCACCAGACAAGUCGGUUUGGGCUUGGCGUACAUUUCCCUUGCACCCCAUUCUGAUGGUCCUGGCGUUCGGCCUUAUCGCGCCCAUCGCGGCGGCGGGCUGGGCAACGUAUGAACGGCAUUUCGACAUGCCGCAUUGGGCUGUCAAGGCUUUUCAUGGGACGCUGAUGCUGACCGCCACAGUUACCGGCACGGUCGGAGUGGUCGACAUGUGGCUGGUCCACGAGGACUCAGCCCAAGCCCAGCACGACAAUGGCUAUUCCGUCCACUUCCAGUCGGCACAUUCCUGGGUGGGCAUCGCCGCCCUGUCAUUGUUUAUCUUGCAGGCGACAGGUGGAAUUGCAGCCUUUGCGAUGCCAAGGGGUGAGAAGAAGCUGAAGAGGCUCCCUUCCCCAGAGCUGAAGAAUCGGAAAGCAGGCGCCCCCCUUUGCGCCGUGACGAAAACCAUUGCGACCACGGUCGUGGAGAAGAUCGCCGCGGCUAUGAUACGAACGCGUGCGGUACUGCCCAUGCGACGCUCGAGAGUGACUCUCGUUCGCGCUACUGAGAUCAUAUGGCUCGCAGCGAGAGAGGGCGAGCACGAAGAGGUCCGUGGGAAGGUCGAGGAUGCGCUGGGAGGACGCACGACGUGGCCCUCAGUUGCCUUCCUUGGCCUUGCGACGUCGCCGCUCGCAAUGAUUUCAAGAACUCUUGCGGCAGAAGGAAGCCGGAGGCCCGAGAGGGAACGACGAGAGUGGGCCGCGAGAGACUACUGCGACGGUGCGAUGGGACCGCGGCUCUGUGACUCCAUGUUCAUCUCUCGGGUGUAA